GGUAAAAACGCUGGAAAACACCAGAAUGAGAGCAGGUGAGAGCACAGUUCCAACAGUGUCAAAGCUCAGCAUUCAGGCCGGACUGGUCUGCUGUGCUGCUGCACCUCCUGAAUAAUGUAUGAGUGACGUGCACAUUGCGGCUCUCUCUGCGGCUCCAGAACAGGCUGUGAGGGGGCGGGGUCACGCAUGUAUUAUGACGCGGCGGUGACGCGCAUGCAGGAGUUUUAAUCCUCUGCCGCAGCAGCAGAUCAGCCGGUAACGCGAAGAGGGGGAUGCGCGGUCGGUCGGACGGAUGGUUAGAACUGCUAAAAAAAAAAAAAAAAAAAAAAGCCGCAGACAAUUAAAUGCGAGCGCAAAUAUAUAUAGAGAAUAAAAAGGCGACCGACUCGACCGAAAGCUCCUCCUCUCUCGCUCCAAACAGGCUUUAGGAAGUUACAGGACACUGUGCAUUCUCGUAUUGUUCUUGACAAGGCCUGGGAAUACGAAAGCUGGCGUUUUUUCACCCGGACGCAAAUAAAUGGGUGAUUACGGGUUCGGCUUGUUGCAGACAGCGAACAUAAGCAGCGGCACGACACUGUUCAGCGGAGGCGCGUUCACACUCUAUUCCAGCAGCCCGUCUCCGGUGCGCCCCAGCAGCUCGCCUCUGGUGUCCUCUCUAUUCCCGUCACAUCAGCGCAACAUGCAGGAUGAGCCUGCGGGGUUGACAUCCUCUCAGUCCAGCGAGACCAGCAGCACCGCCGAUCACGAUCUGAGCCAUUUUUCCGCUGCAGGUCAAGCGCAGACAGUCGGUGACCUUCAGCACGACCGGAACACACAUCAGCAGGCUGAGCCGCCGCAGCCGCUACAGCCUUACUCACCCGCGGACCUCGAUACCGAUGCUUCUUCGCCCGUGAAUCCCAAUAAGGUCAAGAUCCAAAUGGAGUCCCCCAGCGCCCACCAUAUCACCAACGCAAACGGAACUGGUGGUAAUAACAUGCUCGGACCCGCUUUUGUGAACCUCCCCCAUCAGGAGAUGCAGAACCCCGGGGGAUGCGGCGGCGGUGGUGGCGGCUCGGCUUCCCCCACCCUGCCCGGUUUCGGAACGCCGUGGUCCGUUCAGACGAGCUCCCCCCCACCGCCCGUCUCUAGUUCCGCCAACGCGAUAAACCCGAUACCCACCACCGAACCUGACAACUUCUACCCAGGCAUCCCCUCCUCUAUCAAUGCCGGCUUCUUCCAGAGCUUUUCGCCAAACCCGUGCCCAGUGCAGGGCUUCAGCAGCCCCUUCUCCCACCAGAUAAACGUGCCCCCUCAGCAGCCGCAGAGCCGCCGGUCACCGGUCAGCCCGCAGAUGCCCCCGCAGCAGGGCGCCUUUCUGCAGCAGCGGAACAACUACAACCACCACCACCAGCCCAUGAUGAAGCAGUCUCCAUGGGGUAGCCACCAGGGCAGCGGCUGGAACUCUGGUGGGAUGUCAUGGGGCCGAGACCACCGGCGUGGGGGUGGCAUGGGUGUACCCGGCUCGAUCAACCAGAUAUCUCCCAUGAAGAAACCUUUCUCCAGCAACAUCAUUGCUCCACCUAAAUUUCCCCGCUCUGCUGGCUCCCUGGGACCGAAGUCCUGGAUCGAAGAAAAUAUGUUCCGUGCUGACAACAACAGCAACACACUGCUGCCCCUGCAGGAUCGGUCCAGGAUGUACGACAGUCUGAACAUGCACUCGCUGGAGAGUUCUCUGAUUGACAUUAUGAGGGCGGAGCAGGACCCUUUGAAGGGCCGUGUGGGAUGUCCCCACCCAGGUAUUGACGGCCUACUCAUGCUCAAUGCCAGGAGCUAUGGGAGACGACGAGGACGCUCCUCCCUUUUCCCCAUUGAUGAUGGUCUCCUUGACGACGGCCAUGGCAACCAGGGUGUCCCAGGAGUGUUGGGGUCCCCUCACUGUUACCCCCAUCAGAACGGGGAACGCAUCGAGAGGUUUUCCCGCAAAGUGUUUGUGGGCGGUCUACCCCCAGACAUUGAUGAAGAUGAAAUCACAAGCAGUUUCCGGCGCUUUGGUCACCUGGUUGUUGAUUGGCCACACAAAGCUGAGAGCAAGUCUUACUUUCCUCCUAAAGGUUACGCCUUCCUCCUGUUUCAAGAGGAGAGCUCGGUUCAGGCCCUGAUUGAAGCCUGUUUGGAGGAGGACUGCAAACUCUACCUGUGUGUGUCCAGCCCCACCAUCAAAGACAAGCCUGUCCAGAUUCGUCCAUGGAAUCUGAGUGACAGUGAUUUUGUGAUGGACGGAUCUCAGCCACUGGAUCCUCGCAAGACCAUCUUUGUGGGAGGAGUGCCACGCCCACUCAGAGCAGUGGAGCUGGCCAUGAUCAUGGACCGGUUGUAUGGUGGAGUGUGUUAUGCGGGUAUUGACACAGACCCAGAGCUGAAGUAUCCAAAGGGGGCAGGGCGUGUGGCCUUCUCUAAUCAGCAGAGCUACAUCGCUGCCAUCAGCGCCCGCUUUGUCCAGCUGCAGCAUGGCGACAUCGACAAACGGGUGGAGGUGAAACCGUACGUGUUGGACGACCAGCUGUGUGAUGAAUGUCAGGGUGCACGCUGCGGUGGAAAAUUCGCCCCGUUCUUUUGCGCUAACGUCACCUGCCUGCAGUAUUACUGUGAGUUCUGCUGGGCGAACAUCCACUCCCGCGCCGGCCGCGAAUUUCACAAGCCGCUAGUCAAAGAGGGAGCCGACCGUCCCCGCCAAAUCCACUUCCGCUGGAACUAAAUAUGGGAAUUCCUGGAGAACCGGGAAUGCUAGCAUCGCAGAAACAACACGUCUGCAGCGGGGGAAAAAAGUUCCUUUGUUUGUUGGCCCCUGAACUCAAGUUGUCAGUAUAGAAUUAUGUGACCAUAUCCAGUAUAUAGAGAAUAUAUAUGACAAUAAAUAUAUAAAUAUAUCUUUAUCUUUUGUAGCAGCCAGAGACACUACAAGCCUCAGUUUAUUUCACCAAACCACUUCUUUCUUCUCCCUCCAUGCACAUCUCAGGCUCGGAACAGCGUUUUUGUGGUACUUUCAUGUUUUUUAAAAAAGGAGAUUAAGUAAAAAAGAGAUUGAUUUUUUGUAGUUUUUUCAAAUUAUUUUUAUAUUUGAGAUUUAAAAUGUAGAAACGAGAAUGUUUUCGCUUGGGGGGGCAGCCUAUUCGUUCUGUUCGUUUAUCCGUGUGUUCGUCUGCUGCUAAAUCCCCCCCUUGUGGGCAAAGUGCGCAAUUGUCUCUGGAAAACCCUUGAUAACGUAAUAUCUGAUGCCUGGCCUCGAUCUCGAACCAAAGGUAGCAAAACAUGCGGCCUGAAAUAGAGACAUUUCUGCCGCGGAAUAAAAAAAAAAGAUAAUAUUUCCCCCUCUUCUAUUGUUUUGAUGUGCUCCAAUGUGCUCUUAGCAGGAAUAGGAAUGAUUCAAUAAUUAAUACCUGAGACUUUACAUUUUCCACUGGCAAAAAAGAUAAUACCUCAGAAUAUUAAAUCUGGCUUGUUAUUGCUCUACUCUUGCAAUUUAAUCACAAGCUAAAAAAGCUUUGCUGCUAUAUAGGAUAUACCGAAUAGAUAGUGUAGGUGUUCUGUGUAAUGCCGUUGCGAUGCCAAUGGUGAUUUCGUAAACAGAAAUGCAGUCUGUUCCCUCACAAAAAGCAUGGCCGAUCGUCGCCAUGAAAACACAGAAUGUGAAAACGUAUGUGCAUGCUUGUGGCUAUACAUCAUCUGCAUGCAGUGUAAAGGUUACAAGCACAUAUAAGAAAAGAUAAAAAACAAACAAAACAUGACACAUAUUAUGAUAAACAGAGGAAUUUAUGUAGCAUGAGGCUGAAAAAAGGUCAGAUUCUUAGAUAUAAGAUAAUCAAUAAAAACUAUUGUAACAUUUUUAGUAAAAACCUUUGCAUGCGUUGUUGUGAUGAUUCCUUUACGAACUUAUUACGAGAGAAGUAACGUUAGUUUUUAGAGUAGUGAGUUCUGCCAUUUUGUAACUCGAUAAUUAGUCAAGAGACGGUGUGCUGUCCUGUGGUUUUUGUGUCUCGUCUUCGUGCAGUGUGAGUCUAGUUAUUAACUGAAGUUUCUGUUCGGUUUAAACUCGCAAGAUUGCGAGAACCUCUCGACAUUUAACCUUUGCCCAUCCUGAACACCCCCCACCACCCCUCUUAUUACGACAGUCACUCAAACGACGAGUUCUGUUGUGGGAAAAAAAUGUAAAUCGCAUUUUCUGUGUACUUGUUGUCGUUUGUUCACGUAGAUAAAGGAAUUCAUGCAAAAGGUUCUUGACGGAAUCGUAAAUGUGAUCGUUGUCUGUGUGGGAGGAGCUUAGUCAUACUUUUCGUAGAUUAUUUUCUGGACAAACAAUUUUCUGUAAAUUCUAAGAACGGACAUGAACGGAGAAAAGAGAGGAGAAAGAUUUUCCAAAAGGAACCCUAUCGGCAGGUUUUCGUGGAAUAUUUUAAUAGCGUAACAUUCGUAUUGAGAUUCGUUUUGGAGUAAUCAGGUGAUUCUCUGUGUUUGAUCAGUCUUGUGGACAAUCUCUACAGAAGCAAUGGAUGCUGGUGCCGAAACCAGACGUUUGGUACUGUACUGCUAUUUCUAUUUGUCUAUCUGCUCUCACUUUAUUUUUGCACUCUAUAUAUCCUCUAUAUAUUCAGUUCGUACGUGUUUUUUAGUCUUUCUAAGAGUCAACAGUAGGUUUGGAAACUGAGAACCAUCCAUUUUUUUAGGGAUGUCCCGAUACCUUUUUUUUUUGUACUCGCCGAUACCGAGUCCGAUACCUGUUUGUUUUUGUUUUUUCUGAACUCCAUAUCAACAUUUUAUUUCAAUUUUAUAAUUAAAAUACAGUUUAAAUAAAUGCAUUCAUUAAAACUUCAAUCAAAUUAAAGUAUAACAUACACAUUUCAACAUAAAAUUGUACAAUUUUUAUCAAAUGAAGUGAUUUUAUACAGAACCUCACAGCACAAUCCUAAACACAACAUUGGAGUUAUUUUUGUCAAAUCAAGUGCUGCAUAACAGAGCAUCACAAAUGUGAGAUAUUGUUUAGAUAUAAUACAAUUACUAUUUAAUUACUAAUGAAUUGCUAUUUAAAUCAAUAAAUAUGUAGUCUGUAUAUGACUCUUGCUAAAAAGUUAAUUAGUGGUCUGCUCACUGUCAUCUGCUACAAACAGAGUAUGUGAUGCUCAUAAUAGAGUUUUCCAUGUAUGAGUCAGGGAUCUCUUAAGGUAUGAGCACUUUGUGUCUUUAUGUGAGCACAACACUGGCUCCACACAUUCAAAACCACUCACACUUAAAGCACGCAGCACAUGCAAACUAUCUAUUUAUCUUAUUAAAUCACAGCUUUUGCUGUUAAAUGAUCUCACUAGGACAUGACGUGAUUUUCAUUUGCGCUGAAUGUUUACGGAAUGACAUUUGUACAUCAGAUGGUAGGCUAUCGGUUUUUGGUAUCGGAGCAUUUUUACCAGCACGAGUACAAGUACAUGAGCGUGGUAUUGGUCCCGAUUCCGAUACCAGUAUUGGGACAUCGCUAAAUUAUUUUAAAAACACUGGAACCGUAUAAUUUUCAUGACUUUUGGUUCCAUUAAUGGUUCUCACAUGUGCAAUUUUCCACCAGUGCGGACUGAAUAUUGUACAAAAAUACUGCGACAGUGUUUCCUGCAGCGCAUUUCAGCGGCAGCGCUGCCCCCUACUGAAUGACGGCAUGAAACAUGCAGUGCGCCUAGUGUAUUGAUUCCUGAUAAAGUGACUCUUUUGAAUCUACAUUGCGAAACACACAGCAUGCCGAGUGUAGUCUGAUUCCUGAACGAGUGAUUCUUAUGAGCAAGCUCUUUUGAAUUUACAUUGCGAAACACACAGCGUGCUGAGUGCAGUCCGAUUCCUGAACUUAUGACUCUUAUGAGCCAGAUCUUUUAAAUCUAUAGCGGGAAACAUCCGUUAUACUGUAUAUAUUCGUCAUAAAUCACAUUUUUUGUUUGUUUCAAAUUUGUAUUUAAAAUAUGUUUAGGAUCAUUUAUUGGAUUGCAUUUAUGCCUCUAAAAGUAUGCAAACAUGUAUUUUACAAGAAUUGUAUAACAUUUAAUUCUGAUUUGUUAUAUCUGCUCUGUAGAAAUCUGAAAUGGUCUCAUCAUUUGGGAACAGGCUGCUGAGGGCAGUAAAUGCGAUAAGAAUUGCAUUUCUAAUUUCCAAAUAAUUCUUCCUUAAAAGUACCAAUAGAAUCAUUAAGAGGAAUCAAAACUGGAAUCGUUAAGUUCCUAAUGAUUUCCAUCCCUAGUCAACAGUGAGCUGAGAUUGUAUAUUUUAUUUAUUACGUAUAUGUAUUUUGAAGUAUUUAUUUGUUGAUGUGUCGCCUAUUCCCAGACUUUCAAAUCUUGAAUCACUUUCUAGGACACGUGAUGCACUACCUUUGCGAUCUCUCUCCUCACCUUUCUACGCUGAGGAAAGCUAUCCCUCUCUCCCGACAAUGGGCUGACGUUUGGACUCAAUCGCAAAACAAAAAAGUCUCUUUUAUUUUAGAUCACAUCACAUUUUUGUAUACUAUUUCACUCUGAAAGGAUUAUGACCUAUUUUAAGUCUAUUGGAUAAUUUAAAUAUCUUUAUUUUUACAUUGUAACUUAUUUGAUGUAUUGUGUAAGACGCUGGACCCAGAUUCUAUUUAAUUGGUAUAGGUAAUCUAACGUGUACUCUGAUUAAGUAGCAAAGGUGUUUCUGAGAACUUUUCAAUGCCACGACGUGUGGAAUACGUGAAUCGUUAUAUCUCAUCGAAAUGGUGAAAAUUGUUGUGUGGUCUUGUUCUGAACGAGAUGGACACUAGAUUGUCAUCGACACCUUUUAACACCUAUCUCGUGACGAAUACUGUGUACUGUUUUCUGUGUUCAACACUGUUGCUUUGUACGUGUAUGUGUGGGUUUUCUUUGUUGUCAUUUUUUAAAAAUUAUAUUUAUUUGACUAUUUUUGUAGACAGAUAACUGUUUGAUUUAAAUUGUAUUUUUCUAUUUCCAUAAACGUCUGUCACUCACUUUAUUUUACCACGUAUUUACGGUUACGUCGACACUCAGCAUCAUUUUUCUUGAAACAUCCAUUCAGUUCUGUGUAUAUGAUGUCUGUUUAUGUAUUAUUGCUUAGUACACAUGGGUUUGAUUACUAUUUAAGUUGGUCUUUUAUUUUAUUUGAAGGAAGGAAACAUUGAGGGUUCUACUAUGUUCAUGGCAAACACUUGAGACUUUCCCUGGUUAAAUGGAGGGGUAUCAGCCCUUCCCUCACUGAUACUCAGAAACUUGAAUAUAACACAUUUUGAAAGGCUUACUAACCUCGAAUCUGUGUUGUGACGUGCAAUACUGUUUCUAAUGUUUGUAUUAAAAAAAAGUGAGAAUUGCAGUGUAUACCUUUUUAAUGCAGAUUUAUUUUUUUCAUUGCAUAUUUUGCAAAUUUCUGAUUCACAGUGUCAUUUUUUACUGUCAGAAAAGAUGAAACCCCUUUUUUUCAUUGCAACUAUUUUUAAAUCCAGAUAUCUUUGUACUGAUGUAAAUGAUUGUAGUUAUUUUGGAUAGUGUUUUGCUAACAACAGAAGAAACUUUUUCAUGCAUAUUUCUAUUUCUUUUUUGUUUGUUUUUGUUUUGUUUUUUAUUUUACUCUAAUAGUAGAAAAAUAUUUGGGAUAAUUUUUCAUAUAUGUCAUUAAUAUUAUUUUGUAUUUUUAUGUGGAAAGAUAUGAAUAUAUAAUUUUAUGAUGCUAACUGCUAAAAUAUAAUUUCAAUUUGAAUUAUUUGUAAAGCUAAAAUCUUUGUAAUAUUGUUAAUGUUCUAGUUUCUAAAUCAAGUUUGUGUAUAGAUUCACACAAGUGGUUUAUGAAGUGUUCCAACUGUAAUUAUUACUGAAUGGCUCUUUGAUAUGCAAAAUGAAUAUCAUGUUGUUCUUUAUUUUGAUUUGUUUUGUAUUUAAAUGGGGUGUUGAUUGCAAUCUUUUUCUUUCGUUUCCUGAAUAAAAACCCAUUCUGUUCAGACACAA